AUGGCAGGUUCAACGGUUGAGCUUUUUAGCACCUCGAUCCUCUCCAACGUCAAGGUGCGCACGCGUCACGAGCGCUACACCUCGGUGCUCGCCAUCAAGAAGAUCCCCUACGUCUACCACGACCUCGCCUCGGACGACGACGCCAAGAGCAGAUGGCGACGCAAGGCGAAAGAUGCCCAACUUCCCGGCAUCCUCGUCAACAACGAAUGGGUGGGUUCGUUUGACGACUUUGAGGAGGCCGUCGAAUUUGGCGAGCUCGAGCUCUUCCUCGGCGUCUCUCCCGCCUCUGCGCAAGCUGCACCACCAGCGCCGCAUCCAGCUCAGUCUGCAGUGAGCUCGAAAGAUCCCAGCUUAUACCCAACACUUCCCUACGCCGCCGAGGGCGCUGGUCGCUGGAAGGAGCCCGACGCCGACCAGUUCAUCUCGUCGCUCAACAUCAAGGAGGAUGAACUCACCGAUGCCGACGUCGACGCGAUGCUCGCAGACAUCGGCAAACUGCCAGCGGCUUCUGUCACAUCCACCACUCCGGACAAGAAGUACGUGCCGUCCAAAGAGGCCGCCAUCAAGCCUCUACGCUUCGCCAAGAUGGGUCCCACCACGUCGCACCAGAGGAUGUCGUCCGGCUCUCCGAGUUCAUCCUCGGUCAGCUCAGGUACGCGUGCCUCGCCCGUCGCUCGGUACUCGGCAACGCAAAGAUCCACGCGAGCCCUUGCAGCUGAAGCAGCCGCGCUCACCUCAAAUCGCAAGACGUCCGGUGCGCUCCUGCGUGAUGCCGUCUCGCAGGGGAAGACGCUCGACGACGCUAUGGAGCAGAGCCGCAUGAAGCACAUUGUGAGCGACGAUAACAUCGACGACCUCUUCGCGUCCCUCGGUCUCAGCAACGUCGACAUUGCAGAUGACGAGGUGGAACAAUUCCUCGAACAGGGCGCAAUCCCACAAGGCCUUCGUCUCGGUGGCGAUCGCGUCCAUCGCUCCACCUCAAUAGCGGACAAGGCGAGGGACCAGACGGUGGCGCGUGACUUGGCGCGUAGGGCUAAGGACAAGGGUCACGGAUCUGCUCGCACCAGUCUCACCAAUGUUGACGAGAAGCUGGCAGCAUUGCAGCCUGCCAACACCAUCGCAUCGACCGACAACGAUACCUCGGCAGACCGUUCGACCGGGCCAAGCCAAGCUGCGCUUCCGCCACCAUCGCAAAAUCCCGUCGACGCUGAGGCUACUUCCGUCCCAGUUGCCGUCACAACGCCGGGGCUGACCGACGAGCCAUUGGAACCCAAGUCUGACUCGCUCGACGAGGCACUUGCUCUGUCGACAAAAAGCGGCUCCGCCACUGUUCUAGGCCUUUCAUCGGCCGCAGAGACCAAGUCGCAAAACAGCCCUGCUGAGGCCGCACCGAGUCGACUGCUUGUGGAGCAAUUCGAGACGGACACUUCCCACAACGAAGAUUCGACCGCAGAGAACAAAGCUUCGGAAGCAGCAACAGCGGAGCAAGAACCUCUGCAGAAGUCAAUCUCGACCGAAAUCUUGAGCUCGUCGGCUUCGCGCGAAGAGGUUCACCUUCCAAGUGGCGACGCGAAGGAGGAGGCGACUGCCGCCGAGUCUGCGGCGGCUACCGACAUCGCGGCAGACCAGAAGGGAUCCGAGGCUGCUUCGACUGUCGAGAAGAGCCAGUCUAGCACCGCCGACGAACAAAAUGGGGUAUCCGUCGAUGUCGAUGGAACCGACGAACGCAAGCCGACCGAUCUGGAAGAAGACAAGACGGAUGUACCGUCAACACCGUCCGCAGAUACCAGGGCAUCGAUUGUAUCGACAGCUGUGCAAGAAGCAAAGCAAGCUUCCCACGAUGAGAGCCUGGCUGUAUCAGGCUCCGAGCAGACAAACGAAGGUCGAGACCGCACUCAAGAGAUCGCGCACGAGGCACCUUCGCCGCCUCCGGCUCCAGCUGCUGCGGAAGCAGAUGAUGAGGACACUGCAUUCGAGCGGGAAAUGGCACAGGCAGCCUUGAUCGCCUCACGCUUCGAGGAUCACCAUUCGGCAAUUCCGAUCAUCCAAGAGCCAGAAAUGCACAGGGACAGCGUCCCCAGCGGUCUGGAGGCAACGAGCGCGACGAGUCCGAUGGCCACAGCACCGAGCCGGUCGAGUUUGGCAGCGGCGCAGAAGCCGAGUCUGUCGUCUCGUCAAGCGUCUUACUCCUCUUCCUCCUCUUCCACUUCUUCCUCGCGCAAAGCCAUCGACGUCUCGAGACCCAUCGAUUCGGCCAACGCAUCGUCACAGCCUUCUCCGUCACGGAGCGCUUCGUACGAAUUCUCCACGUCGCCAGACGCGAUCGCCAAGAGGAAGAAGAAGGGCAUCCUCGGAUUCGGGCGGGACAGGAGCAGGGACAGGAGCAAGGACAAGGACGGGGAGACUGAAAGCGCGCGGCAGCCGCCGGCAGCGGGAGAACGACGAAAACACGAACGAACCAUCUCAGAGAUUCUCAGGGAAGCCGAUGCGGUGCUGCAGUCGGACGAUCACGAGGGCGACUCGGAACGACAAGGUGACGAGAACGAGGAGGAGCAGGAUACAAUCGAUUCGGCCAUGGUCUUUGGAACUUCGAGUUUCGACGAUGCCGCUGCUCCCGUUCCGUCUCUACGGGGCUCCUCCCGUCGACCGUCUUGA